AGUGAUUUCUUGGGCUGCAGCGCUGGCUUAUCUCCUGCGGGAACUGCCCCUCCUGCAUAAAUAGCGGCGGUGGGGAAGCUGCGGGCUCACACGGGACGAGCGGCGCGGAGCAGCGGCAGGAGAGCCCCGGUUCAGCCCGAAGAUGAGAGGCGUGGUGCUGACCCUCGCUGUGCUCUUCCUGACGGGCACCCAGGCCCGCUCCUUCUGGCAGCACGAUGACCCCCAGACUCCCCUGGAUCGCAUUCGGGAUAUGGUGGAUGUCUACCUGGAAACCGUGAAGGCCAGCGGCAAGGAUGCCAUCGCCCAGUUCGAGUCCUCUGCUGUGGGCAAACAGCUUGACCUGAAGCUGACUGACAACCUGGACACGCUGAGCGCUGCGGCCGCCAAGCUGCGCGAGGACCUGGCUCCCUACUACAGGGAGGUGCGUGAGAUGUGGCUGAAGGACACCGAGGCCCUGCGCGCCGAGCUGACCAAGGACCUGGAGGAGGUGAAGGAGAAGAUCCGGCCCUUCCUGGACCAGUUCUCCACCAAGUGGACGGAGGAGCUGGAGCAGUACCGCCAGCGCCUGGCGCCCGUGGCCCAGGACCUGAAGGAGCUCACCAAGCAGAAGGUGGAGCUGAUGCAGGCCAAGCUGACCCCGGUGGCCGAGGAGGCGCGGGACCGUCUGCGCGCGCACGUGGAGGAGCUGCGCAAGAACCUGGCGCCCUACAGCGACGAACUGCGGCAGAAGCUGAGCCAGAAGCUGGAGGAGAUCCGCGAGAAGGGCAUCCCCCAGGCCGCCGAGUACCAGGCCAAGGUGGUGGAGCAUCUCAGCAAUAUGCGCGAGAAGGUAACACCCCUGCUGCAGGAGUUCAAGGAGCGCCUCACCCCCUACGCUGAGAGCCUCAAGAGCCGCUUAAUCAGCCUCCUGGAUGAUCUCCAGAAGAGCGUGGCCUGAGCUGCCGGCCCAGGGACUGACCCCAGGCCAUGCCGGACCCCGGGGGUCCUCCUUGGGGACCCCUCCGUGCCCUCCUCUCCCUCCCUGACCCGGAGUCCGUCUCAGCUUUGCCAUUCUUUUGUCAAAUAAAAGUGACUUAAGUUAUUGGAGCUCA